CUCAUAUUUAUGAAAAUGGCCGUGCGUGAGAUACGUGAGAUAUGUGGCAACGAUCACUGCAAACAAGAAAGAAAACAGCUGCGAAAGGAGCUUGAACGGGGCAGGAAAAACCUUAUAUCAUAUAUCGGCCUUGAAUGUGUAAUUGAAAGUGUGUUUGGAUCAGAAUUUGUACAAAAAGUUUCUCCUUUCAAAGCUGCACAAGAUGGUAUCCACGGUCAUGAGCCAUGUGAUUGGCAGGGAGAGAAGGAGAACUGUGAAAUGUGUGCGGCAAGGCAGGAAAUUGUGCAGGAAUCAAUAGCACGCCAUGAGGCCUACAUAGACACUCUUGAAGAGACCAAAGACAGUUCAACGUCAAAACGUCAAGAAAGAGUUCUUAGAGCGCAGCAAUGGCUAGCAGACUCAGUAACAUCUGCUGUGCAGCUAGCAAAGAAAACAGAUCAACCUUUGGACCUGAGCAAGAACGGCCUUGAGGAUGAUUUGGACACUUCAGAGAAUGUUGUCGAGGAGGAGGAUGGUGAAGAUAAAGAUGAUGAAGGAUCGAUGCUAAAAGUGCCUGCCGUCAUGGUCCAAAGAUCUAAAACGAAGAGUACUCGCUCUUGCCGCAUCAACGGUUCAAGUACAUACACGCAAGAAGAUCUGAAGUUAGCUCUGAGAGAGGUCAAACUUGGUAAGAUCGGCACCCGGCGUGCAUCUGUCCUCUACGGUAUCCCACGAUCCACCAUCCGAAAUCAUCUGAACCGCAGCAAAGCCAACAAACAGGAGGAAGCCGAGGAGGUGGCCCACCCGACAGCUGUGGAGGAAGUGGAGAUGAAGAUCCCGAAAAGGUUGCCCUACAUCAGUGAUCCAGUCAACAACAAACGUGUGAAAGUAGAGAGAAACUUGAUCCCCGAACCAAACUUAGCAUUCCCUUUUACAGCCUUGUUCCAGCAGUACCAGCAGCAGGGUCUCAACUACGAGGACUGCUCAACGGACGAGGUUGUCGGCAAGCUCAGGAAUUUUCUGCAGGGCAGGUCAGCUGGGGGAAGCGGCAAGCUGCCAAAGUUGGCAGGGUUCGAUCACGGCCUUGACCAGGCUCUUGUGAGAGAGCUGGUGAUGACCUGCACCAAGGUCGGGUCUCUAGGAACUGAAGAGGAUAUGCAACGGAGAGAAAACUACGCCAGAGACCUCGGUCAAGACAAGCUACCCAACCAAGUGUUCCAGCACCUUAUAGGACAUCUUCUAGAGACGGAGAAGGUGCAUCUGUUGAGCGGGAAGAAGGACGUCCGGCAGCAUAUAGGUAUCGCAUCGGUCAUACGCCAGCCUUCUUCACCCAAGCAGGACCAAGACGUGAAGGUGCCUUGCUUUAAACCUGUAGUGUGUGAUAUUGGUGGAACCCAGGAGAUGGACAAGAUGCAGUACUGUGACAGCAGCAGCUCCAGUCAUAGCAGUCCCACAAAGUCCUUCUCACCCUCCAACAAUAACAACCAAGCCAGCCACUGUGCCUCCUAUGAUUCCAUGGUGCCUGCAUCCAGUAAACGGCCCAAGCGAGGGCGUUACAGAUGCUAUGACCGUGACAGUCUCAUCCAAGCUGUAAACGCAGUACAGCGUGGUGAGAUGAGUGUCACCAGAGCUGGGAAUGUUUAUGGUGUUCCUCAUUCAACUCUUGAGUACAAGGUCAAAGAGAGGCAUCUGAAGAGGAUGGCAAAGAAAGGGCAGCAGGUUCAGCAGCAACAGCAGCAACAGAAGACAUCAGCAGAGAAAGGGGAGAGCAGUAAAGCACCAAUCUUAGGGGUACCACCGGGUAUUCAUUUGCGUGAUGGCCCCAGUGUACCCUCAGCACUCGCCUCUGCUCGACCAUAUGAGAGCUUUGCGGAGAAGCUUAGAGCCAUGAGUGAGAAGCAAGCCCUGCAGAAUAGCUACUCCUACCUCAGGCAACAACUGGAAUCUCAACCUGCUCUUCUGGCAAGCCAUGGUAUCAGCCUGCCUGCAGGAGGCCUGUCUCUGUCUGAAGCUGACCGCUACCGCCUUGAGGAAGCCCAGUCUACACUUGCUGCACACACUCAACUCGCCCUCACCGAGCAAUGGGCCCAGUGGUUGCACAAGCCGGUGUUCUCUUCGCCUUUCUUCAACAUCUACACUCCUCCACCCGCUGCUCUGGGAAUCGACCCCACGGGGAUGUUCUACCGGAUGGAAGAUCCAAAGCAAGGCGGAAGCAACAGCAACAAAAAGCCUAGCGUAAGUGAUGCCAUCAAUCGCCUUGUGGAAGCCCAUCUCUACAGCUCACUCUACAACCCUCCCUUUGGUCCUGGUGGAUCUGACCAUGGCAUACACUCCUCGAUGACCGGCGAAUCGACCUCCAGCAAAGAGGCUGACCAAUCGGAUGACCAACGUUCCAAGCGAAGAGCUACCCCUGAGGACGGCGAAGACAGGCCUCAACCCAAAAAAGCCUUGAAAGCCUAGAUGCAAGUUGAUGAGUCACAUCACUCUUGUCUAUCACAUUUAUCACCAUACACCUUUCUGCUAACUAGUACAGAUUCUAGUCUAGUUUUCUAUUCAAAUGGAUGAAUGCCCAUCCAUGCUUUGUAUGUACCACAAUGGUGGUCAAAAAAUUGAAUAUAUCGGUAUUUAUUUAUUUAUUACUUUGGUGUGUUUCAGACAGUAUGGGUUCUCUCAGAUGGAAAGUGCAAAAUCCUACCUUUAUUUAUGUAGAUACAGGUAUCAACAAGUGCAGUCCAGGUAUAUCAAUAUUAUUUCCCGUUGGUCGGAAAAUGUGAGAUGAGUAUAUAUUUUUUCUUGAUGGGAAAAAAAAUCAUGUACUUUGUGCAAUUUGUUUGUGUAUAUGAUGCACUUCUCUGUAGCACAGGUUGAAUUUAUUUGUAUCCACUGUUUUUUGGUUAUAUCCGGCUGCUGUUGACAGUGUAGUAUGUAUAGUCUGUGCAUUAAUAGCUUAAGACCACUUUUACAUUGUAAAUAUGCUAUGUUUCUCACAAUAUUGAUCCUUUUUUGUAACGCUGUAAAUGGUUUCGAUCUUGAAGCUUUUUUUUCUUUUGAGCCAGUUAAACUGUACUUUUGGAUAUCAAUCAACUCAAUCACCUAUCCAUCAAUUCCUUCUAAAGAGAAUUGGUGUUUUUUUUCUAAAAUUUUCAGGUUAUCAUUUUUCUAUUGUGAUAUUUUAUUCAUAAGGAAGCAAGCAAUAUUUUAGUUUUGCUUCGCCUGUAGAGUUACGUCUGUCCUUUAAUCUUUGAUGCUGGGAAUUUCAUAUGAAAUAUGAUCAGAAAUAGAAAAGUUUUUCUGAAAAUUGUAUUCCAAUUCCAGAGAAGUGUGUCUGUUUUUUCCUGAUAAUGAACAAUUGAAUUGUUUGAAAAAAAUCAUUAAACUCCCUAAAUUGAAAAUGCAAUGAAAUAUGCUAUCACCAUUUAAAUCGGCAAUUAUGAAGUUUGUGAUAAUUAUUCAUUUCAAUUCAUUUUAUUAUUUUUCACUCCAUAUGAUUUACAUACGUCAGGGAAAAAUGGUUGCCUGUUUGAGAAUUGAAAGCUUAUUAACUUAGACCCUGAAAAGUCUAUAUGUGGCCUGUUAGAAAACUAACAUUUCAAAAAUAGCAUUGAUGGAGAUAUAUAAUUACUAGGACAUUCAUUAUUCUUUAUCUCCAGGCCAUUUUCUACUUCAGUGAUUUAAGUUAAUCAAUAAUAAGUCCACUAGAGUUUCAGUAUCUUAUUAAAGCCGAAACCUUGUGAACGUCUGAAGUACUCAUUAGGAACAUUGUGCAAUAUACCAUGAUUAUUUAUAUGUAUAAUUUGCCCUCUGGUUGAAAUUGGGAUUAGUCUUGCAGUCUUGCCCUAAGCCCACACAAAGUGUAAUAUUUAUGCUUCUAAGUUUUCAGUCUCAUUGGGAAAUUAUACUCACCAACCCAGUUUAUACUUGACUCUAUCUUGAUGGCCUGAAGUCAUAUUAUUUUGGUUAUUUUUACAUUUGGUAUGAUUUUUAAAUCGUUUUGCACGAUGCAUCACGGGUUAGAAUUAUUCUGUGCAAUUGUAUUAUAUUGUGUUUACAGCUCAUCAUCUUGUCUUUCUACCCCCGUGAUCAUGUCUCAAGAUACUCAUUUGCCAUGUGCAAUUUGUAUUUUAUCUACUGAUUUUGUUACUGAUGUGUUUCAUAUUUAAAGUUCCUUUUUAUGAUACACUCUAUAGUCUAAAUAUCUUGGUUAGAUGUUGGUUUUUGACUGUACCAACAUAUCCAAUCAUGUUUCGUGUAAUGGUGAAUCUUUUUUAAACUUAAAAAAAUGUAUAAUAUAUCCAUAAUCAUGGACGUGAACCCAGUCUUUAAUACAGGGUUUUAUGCACAUGUACAUGUAUGCUUCAGUUACUUUCGUUUGCUUUAAUUUUUGACUGGGGGACAUGUAUUUGCUUCUAUCUUGUCAUGGUCCAAGAAACUGCGCAUUAAGCAGCAGGUGAUGGGUUCAAAUCCCAUCCCACUAAUCCUGGUUUUUUAUAUUUUUACUUUUGGAUAAACCGAUCCAACACACUGGUAAAUGCAUCAUUUCACAUUGAAUUGAGUAUAUACAUGUUUAUUCAGCUUAAUGAAAAGAAUGUUGUCAAACCACUAUCUGAUAAAAAUCUUCGAUAAACUUACCCCAAUCUCUAGCCAAAACACAAGUUUUCAUGUGAACUAAGUCCCAUAUUUAGGUUUGGCGACAUUUCCAAAACUGAAGAUUUGUUUGUUUUAAAAUGGUAAAACAUGAUCGAUAAGUACCGGUAGUAGACUUUGCAAUUGUCUCUUAAAGUGACCACACACCUUAUUAUUGGUCUGCAACCCAAUUUUGAAAUGAAAUGUACAUUUUGAUAUGAACAUUGAUACUUUGAUCUUAACUUGGCCAAAUUCUAGAUUAUCAUAAGAGUAUUUCAGGUCAUAUUUAUGACAAUUAACUACUCUUUUUAUAAGAAUAAAAAGAAGUUUGAUAUACAUGUACAACAUGUGUAAUGAUAACAAUGUCAGCAAUCAUCUAAUUGGUUACAUUUUAAACCAGUUUGGACUGAAUAAUAAUAUAUACUGAAUAAUGAUAUAUAUGAUAUAUAUAGCGCCUUUUCCAUUUUGAUUAAAUGCUCAAGGCGCUGAACUCCAAGUAAAAGUCACUUUACCCAAAAUAUCAAUAUUAAUGCAUUCUCAGUCAUUUUGUGCCUCAAAAAGGAAGAUUAUAUUUGAUUAUUUUUAUGGGGAAUAGGUAAUGUGAGAUUUCUUCCAAAAUUGUAUCACAGCUCAGUCGUAAGGUGUGUGUUUGACCUUUAGACUUACAUUCCAUUGCAAAUUGUUUCUUUGCUUGUGAAAACUGACCGUUUGACCGCUCUCCCUUUUCUUCUCUAAAAGUUCAGGAGGAAAUCAAAUCUCUCCAGGGUUGAUUACUCUCUGACUCUUAAUCUUUAUUCUUGAAUACAAAUGCUUGAUGAAUUUUAAAGAUCAUAUUUUACAUAUAUUCCUUUUCAUAAAGAGGUAUUCAGUGUAUUUCCGCCUUUACAUUUGUUUCUCAAAAAUAUCACAAGGAAGUGAACUGUAUCUUAAUUUAUAUAGCAGACAUUGUUUGUGUGAGAAUUGUCAUUAUUAGUAGUAUAAUUGUGUUGUGCAUUACUAUUUCCUUGUCUUAGUGAAACUCUUUGAAGUGUUUUGACUUUUGUUCAUCAUGUGCAAUGUUUUUUUUUUCACAAACAACUCGUGCAAUCCAUGUGCUUACUCUUGCGAUUGUAUUGCUACAUUGAUAUUCACAUGGACUAUUUAUAAUCAUUUUCACUUUUAUGAUAACCUCAAUCCUGUGUUUUUUUUUAAUGAAAAAUGUGAUUUGCUGUUGAGCCUGUAUUGACUUUAAAAAGUAACCUAUUGUCUGUCGUAAUCUCUGACGUAAGACAUUAAUGGAAGUUUCUCUUUCAAUCAAUUUUCUCUUGGUAAUGACCUAUCUGUAAUUUCACCUUUCUCUCUUUGUUUUCUUUCCUUCUCUCUCUGCACACUUUCUCCUGGAAGAGACCAUCAUUGCAUUCAAUAUUUUAAGAAUUCAUUCACAAAGGAAAUCAAUAUCCAGAAAAUAUCUCAUGAUGGAGUAUGCAUUGAUAAAAAGAUAACAUUUCUUUCUGGUUAAGAAUGUGAAUGAUGGAGGGAGGUGCAUCAUAGUGAUUUUGAAUGACCGUCUCGAAUGCACCGUUACUGGUGCUUGCUGUAAAGCAAUGUUAUUGCCAAAAUGAUAAUAAGUCGACGCCAUUCUUCCUAAGUGGAUGGGCACUGCACACAUGUAGUCACAUGUGGGACUAUGCCAAAUUAUCAGCUCAACAAUUUCAGCUGUCAACUGUUAUAUGUUCAUUAUAAGGGCAUUCAAAGAGUAACCAUUUGCAGGGAACCGUUUUUAUUGUGACAUCCUUCUAAAAAUCAUGGAAAGAACUGUAUAAAAACUCAAAAUGAUUAUUUAAAUACUUUUCAACUACUUCUGUAAAUUCUGUUUAUCUUCAAGUUGAUACUGACAUAUGUGUAUAACAUGUAUGUGAUCUCAUGAGGAAGAACAUGUGAAACUGGAAAGGAAGAAAAUCAAUUUACCUUUACAUAUGGAGACUAAACUCAAUUCUUUUUUUUUAUAGUUAAAAAGGCAACUGGUUAUUUUAAAUGCAAGAAAAGUUGGAUUUGAACUGCAGGCCCCGUAGCAUAAUUCUUAACAAUUGAUUCCAAGGGGGUGUUUCCCAAAGAUUUAAGUAUGACUUAGAGUCACACUUAAAUACUGCAUUGCGUACGGUAUGAAAGGCUUGACCGCAUUGGUCAGAUCGUGUCAUGAGGACGCGCACUAAUGCGUAUCUAUCAAUAAGAUCGCGCGUUGCAUAUUAUGUACGCGUCGGCAUUUAAGUGCGACUUAAGUCAUGCUUAAAUCUUUGUGAAACACCCCCUGGUCUGAUUUCUAUGAUUGAUUGCAUAGCAUGGUGUUUAUGAUCAAUCGUAAAUAUCGGCCUACAAUCAAUCGCAGAGAUUUAUUAUAAGGGGCCUUUCUCAUUUUGUAUUAUUUGUACAGGUGCACAGAUAGGCAAAUCUUAAACCAACUCACCGUAGUAAUCGUGGGUAUGCUAUUCAUAAGACGCAUUCUUAUUUACAGUUAGAAAUAAAGUGAACCAACUCAAUCGUAGUAAUCGUGGGUAGAUUAUUCAUAGGACGCAUUCUUACUUACAGGUAGAAAUGAAAUGUGAUUUUGUUAAGGUCGAAAAAUUGUGCUUGCAUUUUGAAAAACGUCUAGUGUGAAUGAAUUUAUUACAAUGUUUCAUAUAUUGUGAAAUGGACUGCUGGAUUAUGAUUGAUGAAAUGUACAAUGAAUGGAAUGUGCCUCAUAAUUGUAUAGAUAUAUUGAUUAGAAAAUGAAAUCACUAUCUCGGUGGAUCGACGAUGAUU